GCAUUCCUUUAGGCGUAAACACCAUCCUAAUAGGAGGAUUCUUCAUCAUGGGUCCACCGCUCCAGGUCUCAGUGACCACGGUCUUCGCAGGCGUCGCAGCUCUGAAUCUGAUUGGAAUGAUCGUGUUUGCUGUGUGGAUUCCACCAAGAGGUGAAGCAGUGAAAGCUGGUGGAGUGAACGAGCUAGUUGCUGACUGCAAAGGAUGCAGGCACUGGCUCCCACUUCUUUGGCACUAUCCACUGGCUUUCGCCGUGGACACCUUCACCUUGGCGGGCUUCUCACCUGGCCUUUCUCUUUACGUCUACGACAAGGAGGUCGUGGAAGUCACGGAGAGUGUCGUGCUGGAAACCAAAACGUUCUUUGCCUUCUACAACACCGCCAAUAUGCUUGGAGGUCUUUGUGGAAGAUGGCUGAGCUACCGGCUCCAACAGCGCCACCCUGCUGCUUACGUUUGUUUCAGCUUGCUGGGUGCGUUGUUGUUGGUGCUGCGGGAACCUGUCCUGGCGCCUGCCGGUGCUUUCUUGGUGAUGCUUGGUGAUGGCUUGAUAUACGGGACAAUUAGUCGCCACGUCGACAGCGUGAUCCCGCAGGUCGAGCCUGAUCAGCUAUCUCCGCGACUGGCUAGUGACGUGACAAGUUUCGAAAUUUGGUGCCUGCUGAUUGCCUUGAAGUCAAAGCUUGAGACCGAUGGCCACAUUUUGACUUUCGAUCCUGCGAGAGAGAAGAAAGUGGGCAGUCCGCGAGAUUCUGGAAAAGGUAGCCUGGUCAAUUCAUCCGUGAAGACGCUGAUGAUUUUUGAUUUACAGAUUCUACAGGACCUGCAGCGAGCAGAGAAGAGGGUCGAAGCAUUGCUGGGCCCAGCCGAGGAGGUGCAAUGGUUGGGCGACUUGAAGACUGAGAAGCUACAAGAUGAGGUGCCCGUGACCGUGGCGUUUACGGCUGAGGACGACGAUCCUUUCGGGGAUUGUGAGGUGACAACGACUGUCGGAGGAGUCUCAGAUGGUGCCGGUGGGCAUUUGCCUCUGGCCCUCAUUGGCAAAAGUGGCAAUGUGCUUUCCCUGCUGGGAGGUUCAGCUUGCACUUUCACAUCUUUAGCUGAUUUAGCAGAAUCCUACUGA